AUGUUCCCCGAGGUCUACGUCCCCACCGUCUUCGAGAACUACGUUGCCGAUGUCGAGGUCGAUGGCAGGAAGGUUGAGCUGGCCCUCUGGGAUACCGCUGGUCAGGAGGACUACGACCGUCUCCGUCCCCUGUCGUACCCCGACUCGCACGUCAUCCUUAUCUGUUAUGCGGUCGACUCGCCCGACUCGCUGGACAACGUUCAAGAAAAGUGGAUUUCCGAGGUCAAGCACUUCUGUUCGGGACUUCCCAUCAUCCUCGUCGCGUGCAAGCAGGACCUGCGUGACGACCCGAAGACCAUCCAGGACCUCGCCCGCAUGAACCAGCGCCCCGUCACCAGGCAGGAGGGGCAGGCCGUUGCCCAGAAGAUCGGAGCUACCGCCUACGUCGAGUGCUCGGCCAAGAACGGAACCGGUGUUCGCGAGGUCUUCCAGACGGCCACCAAGGCUGCCCUGUCGGCCAAGAGGCAGGGAAAGAACGGCAAGCCCAAGAAGCCUUGCGUCGUCCUCUAG